UGCCAAGGGCCGCGUCGGGUAGGGGCGGAACGGAGUGUAAAUAAACGGACAGCCCGCAUUCGGGUUAAAAAUCCGUCUUGGUAGUGAUGAAGCGAGAGCGGAACCGGUGAAAAUAACAUUUGUGGGUUUCCUCUGCGCGGUUCUGCUCGGGUUGUUUGUGGGGAGGAGGAGAGGGCGACGGGAGAGAAGUUUGCGAGAGAAAGGAGAAAUCGCGUUUAUUGCUAAAACACGAACUGGGGACCGAGUAACGCGAGGCUGUGCUGCUACGUGCAGCUGGGGCUGCGCUCCCGAACUCCUUCUCCUGGGGGGCUUUGUUGAAUGGCGAUGCAGUUGGUGACAUUCUUGUCUACUUUGUUAAAAAAAAAAAAUGCUUGACUGCAGCGGGCACAUCAGAAACGCUGUGGUUUUACUUUUAAAGUAAACUGGUUUUACUGAGCAUAGAAAGGUCAAGGACUUGAGCAGACUUUAUUCUGUGUACACAGCAAGCCCGUUAACGAAUUGAGGCUGGCGUAGGGCUUUCCUUCUCUUUCCAACUCCAAGGGGGGGCAGCUUCUAGCAGCAUGUAUUGCGUGGAACUCAGUUUUUUUAGCUCUCUCACAGCGUGUUCUUAAAGCGCAGUGUUUUUCUGGUGAGCGGAGCGCUGCGUUCACGUGAAUCCUGAGGAGAGGGGUGCAGAGGGACCCGGAGUGUUGUCCCCUGGCUGGGUGCCCCUGCCCCAGGCUCCUGCCCUGCGCAUGGCCGUGCCCGGUGCAGGUGUGGUGUGCAUGGGGCUCUCCUGGGCAGCUCCCCCCACGCCGCUCUGGGGUGGGCUGCCUGAGGCAGCGGCUGCGUUUCUUUUCUGCACUGCGCUUUCCCGGGGCCUGCAGUGUGUUUCUGGGACUGGGGGAUCCGCUUGGUACAAGAACCUAAAGUUAGUGUUCUCUCAUCUGAGUUCAAAUUAAGUUUAAAAGCAAAAUUAUGACUCUGCUACGGAGUGUUAACAAAGAUUGCAUUAGCUGAACUCCUGUGUGUUGUCUGAUUCCUGGUUUUGCGUGAAAUGGGCGAUGAUUUCGGCAGCCCCUGCGAUCUGUGCCUUGCUGUGCCCACGGGGCAGUGGGGCUGCGUGCUGAGGCAGCGUUACCUCCUGGCAGCGUCGCUCUCGAGGCUCGUGGGAACAUCUGUGGCUGUCAGAGGCUUUUAAAAUGCUCAGAAAAUUUAGCAUUGUAGUUGCUAUUUGUAUAUAAUUUGCUCUCUUUAGUCAUCCAAAAUCUUUAUUUUCACAUGCGGUAUUCCAGUGGUUUUAUUGCUUCGUUCUGACUGCAAACUGCUUCUCAUUGCCUUUGAGAAUGUUUUACACAGGGAAGGUGAGGCUGCGGCUGUUUCCUUGAAGGAGUGGUGGGUGAAGAUCAAACAUAGGGUUAUGCAGACCGAGCGUGUGAUACGUGAGAAGAAGGAGGUUGCUGGUGGUUGAUCUUCCUUGCGUGUUUUUUUUCCCACAGCUGCAAUAGAAUACUGCUGCAGGUGUAUGCUCAGGAGAACUCAAACCACAGCUCCUUUCCCACGUCUGUCAGUGUGACACCAGUUUUGGUCUUACAGUUUCUUGCUCUGCUCAGACAGAAAAUCUGGGCAGCUGCCUGUCAGACAGUGCUGUGCUUUAGCAUUGACCAGGCUUUUUUUCAGGACUGACUGUAUUUAUAAAGCAAUAAAAGUGCAUUAUUUGAAAGUGAGGGGGGAAAAUAUCACAGGUGUCGAAGCCUGUAAAGAGCCAGGAAUCCAAAAGAAUUGUUUGGCGUAAACCAGCUUUGGGAACUCCUUCAUGAAGCUUCUGAACUGAGCUACAGAUUCCACUGUUCACACUGGCUGAGUUGCAGAUAACAAAAUCCAGGGAGGUAGAACUUCUGCUUACGUUGGACUAUGGUUGUUAUUGUUGAGUUCUGUUAUGACAGAGAAAUAGAAGCAGCAAUGUUGUUACUUUUGAUGAUGAAUUUAUAAGGAGUCAUUCCCCUCAGUGUCCUGGCUGAGUGCUACUCUUGUAUUUCAUGAUUUUUAACACUGUAUGUAGUGGGUUUUUAUUAUUUUUAGCAUUAUUAGGAUUAUUUUAGAGGAUAUAGGUUUGUUCUGCAUGCCAAGCUUUUUAACUUCGUUGUGUAUGGUAAUUUUGUUUUCAGUAAUUUAAGUCAUGUUCCUGUAUCAUUCUUCUCUACCUGGUGCAUCCCUCAGGUACACUGUGCUCUGUGGAACUGCUGUAGGAACUGCUUCAGAAGUGUAGAAGCUGAAAGGGUUUUGAAUGAGAAAAGAUCACCUUUCCUUUCUAGUUUUGCACGCUUGUUUUCAUAUUUAUUCUCACUUCUACCCUGAAAACCCCAAUCUUUUUUUUUUUUUUUUUUGUAUUGAAUUCACUUCUAAAUUCAGUGCUACUUCUGGUGCUGACAUGAGGGGAACUGCUGUUCUAAGCAGCUGGAGUUCGCAGCUGAAACCUUGUUUUCUUUUGCUUUCCUUCUGGCUUGUCAUGCUACUGUGGACAUUCUAAAUACUGCAAACCAGGCGCCCCUUGGAAGUGGAGUGAAGUAGCCCUGGUUGUGUGUGGUUUGCUUCCCUUGUUGCAGUGUUACAAGGUUUCGUUUGGGCCUCGCUCUUUCUCAGCAAUGUAAAAUGGAAGGUUUUAUUUUUUAUAUACUGUUUUCUUCAGUCUCUUUUAAAUUUAUUCUGACAGUACUUGCAAGAAAAAUUUUGAUUGCGAGUUGCAGGCCAAGUGCCAAAUACUUGAGAAGGGGUAGGAAAGUAGAGGACCAGGUUGAGGGGCAUAGUGGGGAUGGGUUGAUGGUUGGACUUGAUGACCUGAGAGGUCUUUCCCAACCUUAAUGAUUCUGUGAUUCUGAAGAACAAAUAUUUUAUAAAUCUAUUGAACUAUUCUUGAACGUUGGUGGGUUUGUCUUGCCGUUCCAUGAGGUCUUAGCAUGACGCAUGGUGUCUUUGGUGUUAGAUUGACAUAAUCUUAAAUAGCCAGAGUAAGGAGGCUGCUACAGCUGGGUGGUUGCUUAAGAGAUAAACAGGAGUACUUUUAAAAUGUAGCUUGGUUCUUGGACUUGCAGUGUGUAACAGCCGCAAGCAUAGGGUGAAGGAGAAUCAUACUGAGAAUUAGAAAUGUAAACAAAACUGAAAGCAGUGACCCAAGAGCCAGCCACGUUGCUUUCCUCCUUUGCAGUGUUUUCCAAUGGUCUAUUGCGCGGGGAGAGGCCAGGAAACCUGUUUAAUUACACAGAUGAGCAGAGAAGUUUAAAAAAAAAAAAAAAAAUGCCUCUGAGUAUGCAUUGUGCUCAGGUGUGUGUCUCCCAUGGAGGUGUAAAGACACCUCCAGGCAAAUGCAUUACUGAGGUGUAGUUCUGUGUCAGGGACAAAACUAGGUGAAAGCUCAUAUGUUAUUGGCAUUGAAACAAACCAGUCUCUUUCCCUGCAAGGGCUGAGACGUCGGUUUCUUCAGAGAAACCUUAGAACUGGAGGCCAGCCCUUGGCGGGGGUCUUUUCUCCCGACUGCCCGCGCUGCGAGAACAGGUGCUCCGGUGCCGGGGUGGCUGCGGGCGGUGCUGGAUUGCUGUCCCCGCUGCUGCUGUUCUCGCUUUUUGAUUUCACAGGAGCCCUGAGCUGGCUGCAGUCAUCGCUCUGCUGGGCUUUGAUGCGCACCCUGCUGCACCAGAGUGCUUCAACGAGCUCAGAGGCUUUCUGCUGUGUGGUUUGCCAUUGAGUUUAUAAAAUAUUUAAUCUCAUUCAUGAGUCGAACUUCCUUUUUAAGUCAUGGAUGACAAGGCUUCUGUUGGAAAAAUCAGUGUCUCUUCAGACUCGGUAUCCACUCUUAACAGUGAAGAUUUUGUCUUGGUUUCCAGGCAAGGGGAUGAAACACCAUCUACAAAUAAUGGUAGUGAUGAUGAAAAAACAGGACUGAAGAUUGUUGGGAAUGGAAGCGAACAGCAGCUGCAGAGGGAACUUGAAGACGUGCUGAUGGAUCCACCUAUGGAAGAUCAGUCAAGUGACCGAGACCAUGGCGAUGAAGUUAGGACUGAUGGUGAUGGGGAAGAACCUGUUGUCCUUGAAGCUUCAGCAUCUUCUACCAUUAACCCAGUGUCGGUGGCAGGACUCCAGAAACCAGAAAUGAGUUUGCCAGUGAAACCAUCCCAGGGAGACUGUGGGGAUUUGAGCCCUUUUACACCUGUGACUGAUGAGGACAGUGUGGUGUUCAGCAAGCUCACCUACUUAGGCUGUGCCUCUGUGAAUGCUCCCCGGAGUGAAGUGGAAGCCCUCAGGAUGAUGUGCAUCUUACGAAGCCAGUGCCAGAUUUCUUUAGAUGUGACUCUCUCAGUGCCUAAUGUCUCUGAAGGAACAGUGAGACUUUUAGAUCCUCAGACGAACACAGAAAUAGCAAAUUAUCCAAUCUAUAAAAUCCUUUUCUGUGUACGAGGGCAUGAUGGGACCCCUGAAUGUGAUUGCUUUGCUUUCACUGAAAGCCACUACAAUGCAGAACUCUUCAGGAUUCAUGUCUUCCGAUGCGAGAUCCAAGAGGCUGUGAGCCGAAUACUGUACAGCUUUGCCACUGCCUUUCGUCGUUCUGCCAAACAAACCCCGCUCUCAGCCAUUGCCACCCCUCAGACUCCAGACAGCGAUAUUUUCACCUUCUCUGUGUCACUGGAAAUCAAGGAAGAUGACGGGAAAGGCUAUUUCAGUGCAGUUCCCAAAGACAAGGACAGGCAGUGCUUUAAACUCCGCCAAGGAAUCGAUAAGAAGAUAGUGAUUUAUGUCCAACAGACAACUAAUAAGGAGCUUGCUAUUGAGAGAUGUUUUGGUCUCCUCCUGAGCCGUGGGAAAGAUGUUCGGAGUGGUGACAUGCACCUUUUAGAUUUGGAGUCGAUGGGUAAAAGUUCUGAUGGGAAAUCAUAUGUGAUCACUGGUAGCUGGAAUCAAAAAUCUCCACACUUCCAAUUUGUAAAUGAAGAAACACCAAAAGAUAAAGUACUGUUCAUGACUACUGCUGUGGACUUGGUGAUAACUGAGGUUCAGGAACCUGUUAGAUUCAUUCUGGAGACUAAAGUCAGAGUUUGCUCACCUAAUGAGAGGUUGUUCUGGCCCUUCAGCAAACGGAGCUCUACUGAAAAUUUUUUCCUAAAGUUGAAACAGAUAAAGCAAAAGGACAGAAAGAAUAACUCAGACACAUUAUAUGAAGUCGUGUGUCUAGAAAGUGAAUCAGAGAGGGAGAGAAGAAAAACUACAGCAAGCCCCUCUCUUCGCCUGCCCCAGUCGGGGUCCCAGGGCUCAAUGAUUCCUUCCCCUCCAGAGGAUGAUGAAGAGGAAGACAAUGAUGAACCUCUCUUGAGUGGUUCUGGAGAUGUUUCCAAAGAGUGUGCAGAAAAAAUUCUGGAGACGUGGGGAGAGUUGCUGUCCAAAUGGCACCUCAAUUUGAGCGUGAGGCCGAAGACGUUGUCGGCGCUGGUGAGGAGCGGUGUCCCCGAGGCCCUGAGAGGAGAGGUCUGGCAGCUGCUGGCCGGGUGCCACAACAACGAUCACCUGGUGGAGAAGUACCGCAUCCUCAUCACAAAGGAGUCUCCACAAGACAGUGCUAUCACCCGAGACAUCAAUCGAACGUUUCCAGCUCAUGAUUAUUUUAAAGAUACUGGAGGAGAUGGUCAGGACUCCUUGUACAAAAUAUGCAAGGCCUAUUCUGUCUAUGAUGAAGAGAUUGGUUACUGUCAAGGCCAGUCGUUUCUUGCUGCUGUGCUGCUCCUACAUAUGCCUGAAGAGCAAGCUUUCAGUGUUCUGGUCAAAAUCAUGUUUGAUUAUGGACUCAGGGAACUUUUCAAACAGAAUUUUGAAGAUUUGCACUGCAAGUUCUAUCAGCUGGAGCGCCUCAUGCAGGAAUACAUUCCUGAUCUGUAUAACCACUUUCUGGACAUCAGCCUUGAAGCACACAUGUAUGCUUCCCAGUGGUUCCUUACAUUGUUCACGGCAAAAUUCCCUCUCUACAUGGUCUUCCAUAUUAUUGACUUACUCUUAUGUGAGGGAAUAAGUGUUAUCUUUAAUGUUGCGCUGGGAUUAUUAAAAACUACCAAGGAUGACUUGUUACUGACCGACUUCGAAGGGGCUUUAAAAUUCUUCCGUGUACAGCUGCCCAAGAGAUACCGCUCAGAGGAGAAUGCAAAAAAGCUGAUGGAGUUAGCCUGUAACAUGAAGAUUAGCCAGAAGAAGCUGAAGAAAUAUGAAAAGGAAUAUCAUACCAUGAGAGAGCAGCAAGCUCAACAAGAGGAUCCAAUAGAACGAUUCGAGCGUGAGAACCGCCGUCUACAAGAAGCAAACAUGAGGCUUGAGCAAGAAAAUGAUGACCUUGCACACGAACUGGUGACCAGCAAGAUUGCUCUGCGGAAAGAUCUAGACAAUGCAGAGGAAAAGGCAGAUGCUCUGAAUAAGGAACUGCUAAUGACCAAGCAGAAGUUGAUUGAUGCAGAAGAAGAAAAGAGGCGCCUAGAAGAAGAAUCAGCUCAGCUGAAGGAAAUGUGUCGUAGAGAACUAGAUAAAGCUGAGUCAGAGAUCAAAAAGAACAGCUCUAUAAUUGGUGACUACAAACAGAUUUGUUCCCAGCUGAGUGAGCGGCUGGAAAAGCAACAAACAGCAAAUAAAGCUGAAAUUGAGAAAAUACGGCAAAAAGUAGAUGACUGUGAACAUUGCCGGGAGUUCUUCAAUAAAGAAGGCCGUGUGAAGGUUGCUAGCUCAGCCAAGGAUGGUUCGGAUGAUGACACGGAUGAGGAGAAGGAAACACUGAAAAACCAGCUGAGGGAGAUGGAGCUUGAGCUGGCGCAGACCAAACUGCAGCUUGUGGAAGCGGAAUGUAAAAUACAGGAUUUGGAACACCAUUUGGGUCUGGCAUUGAAUGAAGUACAAGCUGCAAAGAAAACAUGGUUCAACAGAACAAUAAGCUCUAUAAAAACAGUGACUGGAGUCCAAGGAAAAGAGACUUGUUGAAACGCAGUUCUGUCAAACAUACCUUCUUAACACAACACCUUUUGUUGCCUUCCUUGGCCAGAUGUUUAAUUCUGUGACAUGAGAGGACCAGAAUGUAAAUACAAUAAAAAUACAGCAUGUCGGGAUUUCAAUAGGUCAGUGAUAAAAAGGAUGGAAACACAAAAAUGGCUUUAUUGCUAGACAUGGGAUCUUCAUACUACUGAUAUUUAACAGGUGAUGUAGCUAGAUUGAAGCUCUUCAGAGAAACACUCCAUUCUGCGGUCUGGCUGGAGGCUUUUCACAGACUAGGUACGAGAACUUACCAAACUCUAAUUGUUAAGUUUACAUAUGAUGGGUUUUUUUACAGUUAUAACCUUUUUUAAUAUUUUAUUUGAAAGGAAAAGUGUCACUAACGGAAUUAAAAAAAAAAAAAAGAAAAGAAAAAAAAAGAAAAACAAAAAAAAAGAAGUAAAAAAAGACAAACUACCACGAACUACAUCAGUGCCAGAAAGCAGUCCCCAGAGGUAGGAUAUAGAGAGUAGGAGGUAACGUGUUUUGUUUCUGAAUGGGGAUGAUUUCAGCAUUCCUGUCGGAGCAACCCCACUUUGUUUUAGUUAGAUGCAGCAUCCAUCUCUCUGUGUUUGGCAUUUCUUUCUGUUACUAAUCAAUUCUAUGCAACUCUGGGCUUUUUUUUUUUUUUUUUUUUUUUUUUUUUUGGCAUGGUCUGCCAAACAAAUUCACAACCUGAGGUUCAGGGCCUUGUCUAAAUUCUAGACGAGAAUAAUCAGAAUUCUUGGCAAAAUUCCGUUUCACUUCUGUGUCAUAUUGUUUGAUCCACAUAUCAACAGCGCUAAAAUCCCAAGCACCAGGAUUGCUAACAAGGACUAAUUAUGUGGAUGGUCUGACAUUUAAUUAAGUCUUCGUGUUUGUUUUUUGUCAGGUUUUUUUUGUUGUUGUUUUGUUCUUUUGUUGUUUUUACCCGCCUGUAGCAGGCCUUCUGCGAAGCUCUGAGAAAGCUUCCAGGAUUUAGUUUUGCACAUAGGUAUGAAUGGGACAAAGAAACAAUAAACUGAGAUAUUAUAUGAGGCAAAAAUCACUGCGUGAGUGUAGCUGCGAGCAUCUGUAGCUGUCCAACUGGCUUCCCUGAUAACAUGUUCUGGGGUUGUGUAGGUCAUUUUCCAUGCUCAAUGCAGUUGCACUAAUAGGUGCUAAACAUGCUUGGAUUUCUUAUUCUUUGCAUUGUCUGAGUUCUCACCAGAAAGCUGUAGAAUGGAGUUUUGCACCUUGUAAUUUUUUUUUUUAUUUAUAAUGGUUUGUGUUAUGCUGAAGUAUCUAUUGCAUCAGUGGAUAAAUUUUGUGUGCAGUGUGAGUAUAAGCUGGUAACAAUAAGAGGCACUGGUUUGUAUAUAAAGAUAUUUGGUUUAUUUUGUAUUUCUACCUUUUUCUUGUUUACUGUACUAAUGCUAGCUAAUGUACUCUGUAACUACAGAAUAGAACAUGCUAUGUCCAAGAUUUUUUUCCUUAACUGCAUACAUUAUCUCUAUUGUUUAAUACCAAAAAAAACAAAACAAAACUUGUAACUCCAUCAAUAUUAGAUGCGUGGACAUUGUGGUAGCAUAGUUGCAGUGUGUAUACUUUAUGAAUUGAAAUAUAAACAAGUAAAAUUGUAUAACUA